AUGUAUCAGGACGUUACGAAAAGAGUCACACUUCAAGACCAGAACUUCAAGGCAAGCCCAAUGGAGUCGCCUGUGGAACCCAUCGGAGACCACCCCGGAGACGGCGGACCACGUGUGCCUUGGAUGCGGUUGUGUGCCUCUGCCACGCCCCCUCCCCUCCAACUCCGCUACCCACGGCCACGAAAAAUAAUCCUCCUCCACCAUCCGCACGAGCGCCGCCGCAAGCUCGCCGCCGUCCCCAUCCUCUCCAAAUGUCUAAGGCACUGCAAAACGUCAAUCGAAUCUUAUCAAUUUUACAGCUAA